GUGCUCUGCUCUUCCGCACCCUUUGAUCCGAAAUUCGACGUCAAAGAUUCCAGCUUCCCCUAUCUCCAAAUCGUUCUCGUCCCCUCCCUAUUGUCGAAUGCAGCAAGGCAGAGGAUCCGAAUCCAUUUUUAACAACUCAAAUGUUGUUUUGGUUCCUCUCUAGUUAUACACAAGCAGCUAACAAAUCAAUAUCAGCACGUUCUACCCUCCUACAAAAGUAGGGAAACUUUCUACUGCUCAAGUGGUAGGUUCCUCUCUAGUUAUACACAAGCAAGCAGCUAACAAAUCAAUAUCAGCACGUUCUACCCUCCUACAAAAGUAGGGAAACUUUCUACUGCUCAAGUGGUAUUGAUCCAUCUUUCUUAAUUUCCCUCUAAUUCAACAUACUAUCACAACUGAUGAAGCUUUAAGAUAUCAGUUUGGGUUGAAUUCAUGUGGGCAUAAUGCUAGCUCUUGGUGUUUGGCCUCUGAAAAUUGAUUCUUCGAAGGUAUAUCAUUCGGAUUUGGAACAGGGUUUAUCCCCAAAUUCAAUUUCCAGAAGGGGGUUUGUCGAAAGACUAGACCUUGCUCCCACUAGUGUAUUGUUUGUAUCAAGAAUUUCUGAGUCUCGGUUCAAUUUUCUUAGAUUUUACGGCCCACAAAAACAUUGUAUUGGCUCAUUUUCAGCAUUACCCUUACUGUCCGAGGAACAAGCAACCAUCUGUACCACUUCUGAACAAGAUCAACUGUCACGGAGCCGGGUUACCACGUCAACUCAGGCUGAGGCAGGAAUUAUUAAGGGUAAGAGAACAAGAGUGAGGGUUGAUGUUAAAGAACUUGCACAGAGAUUGCACACAGCCAAGAAUGCAGACGAUGUUGAAGAUAUUCUAAAGAACAAUGAUGAACUUCCCCUCCAAGUGUACUCAACUUUAAUUAAGGGUCUUAGUAGAAACAAUAGGCUAGAUUCUGCAGUCUCACUUGUUGAGUGGUUAAGAAGAAGAAGAAAGAAAGACACUUCUUCUACUGUUCUUCCGAAUCUUUUCAUCUACAACAGUCUCUUAGGAGCAGCAAAAGAGGCUGAAAAGUAUGACGUGGUUGACAAAGUAAUAGAGGACAUGUCCUCAGCUGCAAUUAAUCCCAAUAUUGUGACAUAUAACAUUCUAAUGAGUUCAUAUAUACAGAAAGGUCAAGAACUCGAAGCUCUCAAUCUUUUCUAUGAGAUACCGAACAAGGGUUUAUCUCCAAGCCCUGUUUCCUAUUCCACGGCCUUAUUUGCUCACCGAAGACUCCAAGACGCGUUUGGGGCCGUGAAAUUGUUCACAGAACUGAGAGACAAGUAUCAUGCCAAGGAUGAGUUUCCCAAGCUUGAGAAUUUCACCACCCGAAUAUGUUACCAGGUGAUGAGACAGUGGAUGUCAAAGAGGGAAAAAUCAAGCACAGAUAUAUUGAGACUAAUGAUAGAAAUGGAUAAGGUGGGGCUUCAGCUUGGGUGUGUAGAAUCUGAGCGCCUCAUCUGGGCAUGUACGCGUGAAGAACAUUACUCAAUUGUUAAAGAGCUCUACCAAAGGAUAAGAGAGAGAGACUCCGGAAAUAUUAGCUUAACUGUUUGCAACCACGUGAUCUGGCUAAUGGGGAAAGCCAAAAAAUGGUGGGCAGCUCUUGAAGUAUAUGAAGACUUACUGCUUAAAGGGCCAAAACCAAACCAGUCCUCUGAUGAGCUUAUAGUGUCACAUUUUGAUGUUCUUCUCAGUGCAGCCAGGAAAAGAGGAAUAUGGAAAUGGAGCAUUAGGUUACUCAAUAAGAUGGAAGAGAAAGGGAUCAAACCGCGAAGUAAGGAAUGGAAUAAUGUCCUUGUGUCAUGUUCAAAGGCUUCGGAAACAUCAGCCGCCAUAGAAAUAUUCAAGAGAAUGGUGGGAAACGGUGAAACCCCGACUAUCGUAUCCUACGGGGCCUUACUAAGUGCCCUAGAGAAAGGGAGGCUUUAUGAUGAGGCGGAUCGGGUAUGGAAACACAUGGCAACAGUAGGUGUAAAAGCAAAUUUGUACACCUACACAACCAUGGCUGCGAUCUACAGCGCCCAGAGUAAAUCCAAUGCGGUAAACUCCAUCAUCCGGGAAAUGGUGACACUCGGGAUUGAUCCAACAGUAGUCACAUUCAAUGCUGUUAUCAGUGCUUGUAUACGGAAUGGUAUGGGGAGUGCAGGGUAUGAAUGGUUUCAAGAAAUGAAAGCUGCAAACAUAAGCCCUAAUGAGGUGACCUAUGAAAUGCUGGUUGUGGGGCUUGCUAGUGAUGGUAAGCCGAGGAUGGCCUUUGAGCUGUAUGUUAGGGCUCUCCGCGAGGGUAUGGUUCUUUCAGCGAAGGCUUAUGAUGCUGUCAUCCGUUCUUCAUUGCUACAUGGACUUACUAUUGAUGUUACCACUCUUGGGCUCCGGCCAGUGGAAAAACAUAGAAAUGUGCAAAGUAGAAACUCUUUGAUGGAGAAGAUAAAAUGAGGAUGAAGAUGUUUAGGGGGAAGGGAAUGGGAGGCUGCAAUGGAAAAUGGGAGAGGAAGAGGAGAAAAGGUUGGAUUGCCAUGAGAAAGGGAGAGGAGAUGAGCUAUUUAUACCGGGAUACACAAGGUGCAAGCCCUUGUGCACACAUAUCUUUUUUCUUUUGUCAACCUGAUGGUUAGCUUGAGGGGACCUCGUCAUCUUGGUCCUGAUGAUGAACUAAUGGAGAUAAUGGGGUCUCCUUUGCAGUUGGUGGAGUUGGGCAGCUACACUAUAUUUGGACAUAUUGCGAUUGGUUCUAGGCUUCUAGCAUUGCUCCAACUGUGUUUCAGUUUAUCUAUUGCAAAGCAUUGCAUGGGUAACUUCCAUUUAAGAUGGCAGUGGAGUUCGCAGGUGACUGUGUGAGUUUGGCGUUCAAUGAGGAGAAGCUUACCUAUGUCGUUUAUGUCGUCUGUGGCCAGCUUGUAUUUCUAGAACUAUAGAAGCUUGGCUUUAAAAGAUAUGGAAGUGUUUGUCUACGUAUUAUAUGGUAUGUCAUGUGAAAAGGUACUUGUUAAAUAUUACUCGUAAAUCGCAUUUGUGCAAAACUGUUACUAAAACCGAUAAUUGUGUUGUGCCUAUAUGAAGUGUACUUCAAUUCUACAAAUAAAUUCAUAAACCUUGUAAAAAGAAAGACGCUUGCUUAGACUUAUUACUCAAACUUAUUAGCUUUGUUAACCCUAGAUAGAAAAAACUUGAAUCAAUAGAUAACAAUGUCACAAAAGAAGCUAGGGUGGGGUGUGCUUGGUUACACAUUCUUGAAUAAAAAAAGUUAAGCUACCCUGGAUCAAAGAGGAUCCAACAUAGUAACUUGGUUCAUUUGAGUGUACAUACUCUUAUAUAUGACAACAAUCUUACAAACAAACUUUAAAGACCGAGUAUUCUCCUUUUUUCAUUCAAACUUUAGAAGCAGUAACAUUGGUUCUCCAAGGUAUGAUUUAUAUUGGUUUCAUCCUUUUUUUUUAAAAAAAAUUGUAUCCCAUUUUGCAGCCUUGCAGAGUUGCAGGUGAGGUCUUUCUAUUUGAGAAAUGCAUGCGUUCAGAGUCUUCAGACAUCUUUCUGUUUUUGUAAAAAAUGUUUCAGUUAUGCAAUUGUGAAUUUAGAUUUGUAAUACCGAGUACUAGUAGCCCAAUUUCAGAAGUUGGAAAUGAAAUGUACCCACCUUUGGUGCACCUUAUAACUGUUCUUAUGCCUGGUGUUAUUCAAUAACCCUAAACUUGUAUGGAUGUGUCUUUCUUUGAUUUGUAUAGAGUACAUCACUACAUCCCAUGCAAAAAAGAAGAAAAAACAAAAACAUAUACUACAUAUUAGUUUUCGAUCAAGUUCUUUCCAUGGCAUCCAAGAUUAGUUUUUGUUGAUAUAUGCAACUAUGCGAGCUUAGUCACAAAGGCCGGUCCUAUAUUUUUCAAGGAUUAGAGGAAAUGUGCUAAUAUUGAGUGGAAAAAAGCACCGAUCUAAGAAAGCGGAGCAACUCCUUCCGAUCUCCCUAGCGGUUCUGCCGUGCAGGGUUUUUUCUCCCUAGCGGCUCUGCUGCGUAGGGUUUUUCCUCCCUAGCAGCUCUGCCGUCGCGUAUGGUUUUCUUUCCACCAACCGUUUUCAAUCUUGAAGGAGGAGUGAGUGCAUCAUCAGCUUUUGGAAAUGAAUUCAAGAUCCAAUAAAGGAUAAUUAUGAGCCAUGUGGGUGAUCUAGAGUAGCGUUGGUUCAGGCCUGCAAUCGAGGAGGAAGUUAGAGUGUUAGUUUUUGGCAAAUCAGCAUGGGUAGAGGGCGGUGUUGGUAGUGGAGGUGGCUCGGGCGACGAGAAGAUGUGGAGAGGUGAAGGGCUGAGCAAGGGAGAAGAUAGAUCGGCGGUCCACCCCCCUCCUGAACCGCCGCCUUGGAGCGAUCAAGUUGUUAGAGUUUGAAAGUUUUAUUAGUUAUUUAAUUUUUCAUGAUUUUAUUUUUGUGUUAUGUUUUACGUUGCUCUGUCUUUUGUUGAUGUCUUUAGUUUUAGGUCUACAAUAAUGAUUGACAAUUCUGCUAGAUAUUAUUUCCAUGGAAGGAUCUUUAUGGCCAGUGAUUGUGUUGUGUCACAACCGUUUGGUGGUUAGCGAUUUGUAUUGCUCUUUUAGGGGUGACCGUCUCUGAGUCUAGUCGUAGGGUUGAUAGUGCUAGUUGGUUAGGGAUAAUUGUUGUCAGUGUUAGUCU